ACGUUUAUCAAAUAAAUAAAUAGAGAGCAACUAAAAACUUAUCAUUCGGAUGAGAGCCUAAAGGAUCCACAAGUUUCUGAAGAUCAACGGCUACCCUACAUUUCUCUCCACGCCACCACCAACCCUGGCCACUGCUUUCCUUUGCGUCGCCUCCUUCCCUCUCCCCUCACUGUCUUUCCCGACCUCCCUGUAAGCCAUAUAUACUUAUUAUCACAUCUGCUUUCAGCACCUCCCCUAAACCAUACCUUCUUUGCUGUUUACCAUUCUUUUGCUCUUCCUCGUCAGCAGGUAGCUCAGAUUGUGAAUUUUCUUGUUGAUUCAUUUCUGGGUGCCUGAAAAGAUUGUUUCCCUUAUCCCUUUGAUUGUUUUGGCACCUGGGUGCUUGAAAGUUUUCAAAAUUAUCAUCGUUUCUCAUAAAAAGUUUGUUUUUUAACAUUCAUUCUGAUUUGUUAUUGGAUUUCUUCGGCUGAUUGGUGGCUAUUUGAUUCAGUAAACUCUUUUUUUGGUUUUGUUUUGAUCUUUUGGGAUCUGGGGUUGGUGUAGUUGGUGGUAUUUGUGGUUUGUCAAUGGGCGCUUUGAAUGAGGAACAUUUCAUUAAAGAGAUUGAGAAUGGAGUGGAACUUGAUUGCCUCGAUCUGGGAUUUGAGGACCAACCGGAGACUGUAGCUAUCGAGGAUGCUGUGAAAGUUCUUUUGCAAGGUCUUGGCGAGGACAUUAAUAGAGAAGGCCUUAAAAAGACCCCGCUUCGCGUUGCCAAGGCGCUUCGAGAAGGAACCAAAGGCUAUAAACAAAAGGCAAAGGACAUUGUUCAAAGUGCAUUGUUUCCAGAAGUUGGUUUGGAUGAUGCAGUUGGUCAUGCAGGCGGAGCAGGCGGGCUUGUGAUUGUUCGGGAUCUUGACCUGUUUUCAUUCUGCGAAUCUUGCUUGGUUCCUUUCCAGGUUAAGUGUCAAAUAGGUUAUGUCCCAUCUGGUCAGAGGGUUGUAGGAUUAAGCAAGCUCUCGAGAGUUGCUGACGUGUUUGCCAAAAGACUCCAAGACCCACAGCGUUUGGCAGAUGAAAUCUGCUCAGCUCUGCAUCUUGGUAUCAAGCCAGCCGGUGUUGCCGUCAUACUCCAAUGUUCACAUAUUCAGUUCCCAAAUACAGAGCUACCUUUCCUUGAGUCCAAUCGCCAUGGUUGGGUUAAGGCACUGGUCCAUUCAGGUUCAGGUGUUUUUGAAAAUGAGCUUGCUGAUGUUUGGGAUGAUUUUUUGAGUCUCCUGAAGUUCAGAGGAAUAAAUGUUGAUAAAACUCUGAUGAAAGACCCAAAGAAGCAGUGUUGGUGUCCUUCCCAAUUUUCCUCGAGUGCUGAAGUCACCGGACGGCCCAACACAGGAAUGCUUACAGCGGUUACUUCAAUUCUCACCUCUUUGGGUGAAAACCCAUUACGGAAAGAGCUUGCUGGAACUCCUAGUCAUUUUGUCAAGUGGUUGAUGAAUUUCCAAAACGCCAAUCUAGAAACGAAACUGAAUGGCUUUGCUUGUGGCAGGAUGAAUCCUCUUAAACAAAAUGGGGAAGUCAGCCAUAAUAAGCGGAUGUAUACCGAGCUGAAUCUAUCAUUUUGUUCCCAGUGUGAGCAUCAUUUACUUCCCUUUUAUGGUGUUGUGCAUAUUGGGUACUAUGCUGAAGAAAUCACCCCUGUCAUUAAAUCCCGUUUACAGUCGAUAGUACGUUUUUAUGGUUUCAAGCUCCAAGUACAGGAAAGACUUACCAGGCAGAUUGCCGAGACUGCUUCAUCCUUUUUAGGUGGAGAUGUGGUGGUCGUUGUGGAGGCUAACCAUACUUGUAUGAUUUCUAGAGGUAUAGAGAAAUUUGGAAGUAGUACAGCUACAAUUGCUGUGCUUGGUCUAUUUUCAACAGACCCUGCCGCAAGGGCCAAGUUUUUGCAGAACAUUCCAAAUCCUGCUUCAGGAGGAUCAGGAUUCUAAUUCAAACUUAGCUAGUGCGUCUCUGCAAGUGGUUUGAGCUAAUUCCUACGCCUUUUCCUGGUUGCAUAUUUCUUUUGCAAAACCCCUAGAUUGAAAUUUAAGGCCUGUCAUCUUUCAUGAUUACUUUUUUGGCACAAUUUUCCUGUUAGACAUGUGAAUGAAUAAGUUCAUCACAUGAAAAAGAAAAUAAAAAAGAAAUAGAAUUUCUGAAUGUCUACCUUUAU